AUGACACGUAUUAAAAAUAUCACUCCCCGAAAGAAAUAUUUACACAAAGUGAUAGUUGAUUUUAAAAAAUCUUUAUGUGUCAUAAAUAGAAGACAUCUAGUAACUAAAAAAAAAUUAGUUGAAGCUAGGAAUUUUAUAAAGAAGCAUGGUUUAUUAAUAUCUAAGAUGAAUGAAACUUCAAUCAACUUCUUUAAAACUCAGCUAAAAUCACAGUAUAUUUCACCAAGAGGAAGACGUUUUUCAAUUGAUGAUAAGAUUUUUGCUUUAUCGUUAUUUAAAUCGAGUGCAAAAACUUAUCGUCUACUAUCCAAGACAUUUGCUUUACCAUCUCGUAAAACCCUUAUGGACUUACUACGUCAACUGCAACUAGAACCCGGUGUAAAUGAUCAAAUUAUUAAUCAUUUAAAAGAAACCGUUGGUAAUUUUAAAAACAAAUUAGAUACACACUGUGUCCUUCUAUUUGAUGAAGUUUCAUUGGCGGCUGGCACCCAGUAUUGUGAACUUGAAGAUAAAAUAAUUGGAUUCCAAGAUUUGGGUAAUGACAAUCGAAAACUUAAAUUUGCUGAUAAAGCACUAGUGUUUAUGGUUCGUGGAAUAAAACGAAAAUUUAAACAAUCUAUUUCCUUUUAUUUUACUGAAAGUGGAAUGAAAACUCCUGAUUUAGUUGUUGCUCUUAAAGAGACUAUAAGAGCAGUUCAGGCGACUGGGUUAAAAAUAAUCGCUACAGUUUGUGAUCAAGCUCCGACCAAUGUAGCUGCACUUAAUAUACUUCAUAAAGAAACCAUUGAAAACUACACUAGAAAAGGUAUAGAAAAAAAAACUCUUGGGUUUGAGAUUGAUGGAAUAGAAAUUGUGCCAUUGUAUGAUCCACCACACCUUUUAAAGGAUAAAUUAAGGCUUGACAUAGGAGAACGAAUGGCACCUAAACUGACCGAUUCCCAUAUCUACCCAGAUAGAUUAAAAAAAAUGAAAGUAUCAGUGGCUGCUCAGGUGUUCAGUCAACGAGUAGGCUCCAUUAUGCUAAUGUUAUCUGAAUGGGCCGGUGAACAAGAGGACAAACUAAAUAUAGCAGCUGCAGAUACUGCAAAACUUUGUUUGUUCAUAGACAAGCUUUUUGACAGUGUUAACAGCAGUUCCACUUCAGUUUUGCCAGGCAAAGAAUUGCGAGGUGCUGUUUUUUCUACAUCUGCACAUUGGAAGUUUUGGAAUGAAGCUAUACAAAUUUUAGAAAGCAUGAAAUUUUCAUCUUGGUUUCAAAUUUAUAACAUUGAGAUCCUUUAA